AUGAUCCUCAACCUCCCUCUGCUUGCUGUGCUGUCAGGCGCUGGGGUCACCUGGGCCGCCUCGUCGCCCAAUUGCUUGUCAGGUUCCAGCUUCGACACGUGCUGCUCUGAUCGAGAUGCUGUGGGCAAGGGCACCGUCGAUGGCGUCGUCAUGAAUUAUUCCUGCGGAACCUAUGCUAAAGAUGAGACGGUGGGCUUUGGAACGGUGCACAAGGGCGCCGCCAAUGCCAAAGACUGCGCCGGGCUUUGUGCUAGUGACGCUUCUUGCCAGGCUGGUUUCUGGUCCAAAGUGGGCUCCAAGUGCUAUUUAUUGAAUGGUAACGGCUACAAGACAUAUCACAACAAGGGCACAUUCUUGCUGUUCGAAAAGACUACCGAGGAUCCAGGGUCUGUCGAUGAAUGCAAGGAUCGGGUUGAUUCUGCCACCUCCCAGUGUAAUGCUGAGAAAGAUAAGAUCAAACAACAGGGAUCGCAGUUGCUGCAGAAGUGCCAGGAUGAGAAGGACCAAGCUAUCACAGGGGCCGGGUCCAAGUGCGAAGCUGAAAAGGAUGCCAUCCGCAAGGAGAACGCCCAACUGGCAGAGCAGGCCAGCAAGCAAUGCGAGGCCGACAAAGAUCAGCUUCGCCAGCAAGCAGCGACUGCAGCAAGUGAAUACGAAAAGAAAAUAGCAGAUCUCCAGUCACAAUUGACCCAGUGCCAGGCAAACGUGCCCACAGCGAAACCCGUCCCGGCUAUAGAUCCGAACUGCGAAUCAAAUAGCUGGGUGAACAUGUGCUCUAGUUGCUCCCAGGACACAUUCGUUAUCGACGGAAAGGAAUUCAAGAAAAAGUGCGGUGUCCGCACUGUUGGCGCCCGUGAAGAACAGUGGCUGUACCGCGCCUCCCUCAUUGCGUGUAUGAAGGAGUGUGCAACUCGGGGUGAUUGUCUGGGAGUCGGAUGGAGACCUGCGGAAGGAAUAAACGGAGUAAGUUUUCACCGGAGCCCUCAUAUCCCAGCCUUGGUACAGUUGACUAAUAUAACGAAGCAUUGCCAUGCCCACAUAAGCGUAGGACGCCCUCUCAGAAACGUGCCUGUCUGGAAUGAGCAUCUUGUCUACAUGCCAGAGAGAGGUACUCCUUACUGA